AUGGGGGGGUUGGGAGAGAUCUGGCUGGACGACGUGGAGUGCUCGGGAGAUGAGACGAGACUGUCGGACUGUCCGCAUCCCGGCUGGGGAGUGGAGGACUGCACGCAUAGCGAGGAUGUGGGUGUCGUCUGUGGGGUGUACGACCUUUUGAACUGCACUUUUGAGACGGACUUUUGCAUGUGGGCACAAUCCUUGCUGAACGACUUUGACUGGGAACGUGAGCAGGGAGCCACAACUUCUUCUAGCACCGGGCCCUCCUCUGCUCACGGGGGUGAAUGGUACGUCUACACGGAGGCAUCAAGCAAAGCUCCAGGAGACAGAGCCCUUCUCUACAGCACGAUGGUCCGGCCCUCCUCCCCCACCAGGUGCCUAUCCUUCUGGUACCACAUGUUCGGCGGGGACAUGGGAACGCUGAACCUGUACCUACAGAUGGGCCAGGCACUGCCCGCGGUCCCCAUGUGGAGUAAGGCGGGGGACCAGGGGGGCGCGUGGCUACAGGUCAUGCUGGAGAUGAGCAUCGCUACGGAGUAUCAGGUGGUGUUUGAGGGAAUAAUAGGGGCAGGCUUCACUAGUGACAUGGCUCUGGAUGACGUCACCUUCGCACCCGGACCCUGCGCGUCAGCCUAG